AUGGGCUCGACAUGCCAAGAGCAGAUUAUGCGCGCGCCCACACACCACGUUAAGGCGACUCUAGCAUUUCUGUGCAAGGAUAGCGAGGUGGAGGAAGUGGCCCUUGCACGUCUCGACGCGCUGGCCGAAAUGGAGAAGACCGCGAUGGAAGCACCAGGCAACAAGCGAAAGGCCACUGAGGAGCUAGCCGUCUGCAUCCAAUGUGAGACCCCCUUUUACAAGGAUGAAAAUCACCUUGGCGCUUGCUCGUACCACCCAGGUGACAUGGAAGUGGAUGACGACAACGACUUUUGGGCGGACCACGAUGAGAAUAUCCAUGGCACUAUAGACUCCGACUGGGCACGAAAGGAAUACCCCGGGGGCUUUACAUGGUCAUGCUGCGAGAAGAAUGCUGAUGGGGCUCCUGGCUGUACAACGGGUCGCCACGAGGCUGAUCCACAAAAAGCGUGGAAAGAGGGAAGUGAAAUCGAGGGGUCGUCUGCAGAAGACGGCAGUGAAGACGAGGAGGCUUAG